UACGUGCUCACCUCUAUCUGGAUGUAACCAUCGGGCGAAUUCGAGGUAAAUAUUUAUCAAUAACAGCGAAACGCUGCAAUAGCGAUUUAUUUGGAAGCCAAGUGCGGGUCGCCGGCAGCCAAAAUGCACGAGGAUGAUCUAAAAAGUCAGUUGACAAUCGCGCGGAAUGAGAUCAACAAUUUAAGGCAGCAAGUACGCAACCUGCAGCAUGUGCAGCGCAAGGACAUAGAGACGAUAACCCGCCUGCUGCAGGACUUCCGCUGCGAGGGCUGCGCAAGCAACAACAAGGCCACCAAGGACAAGGUCGCCGGCGCGAAGCAGGAGCAUCAAAAUCAGCAGCAGGCGCAGGAGCAGGAGCCGGGACAAGGUCAGAGCAAUCACAGCAAUGGGGGAAGCUUUGGAGGGGACUACGCCCAUUUCCGUCCCAUCGGAGUGAUCCGGACAGCCUUCCCGGAGAAGCGAGCUGUACCCAGGCAAUCGAUUGUGGGCAGCCGUCUGCGGGGCAUCGUUCAGCUAAACGACGGAGUCUUUACCAAUCCAGAGCACUCGCUGGAGGGACUGGCCGACUUUUCACAUCUGUGGCUCAUCUACCACUUCCACCGCAACAAUGCCCAUCCCAAGGCUAAGGUGGCGCCUCCCCGUCUCGGUGGCGAGAGGGUGGGUGUGUUCUCCACACGGUCUCCACACCGGCCGUGUCCCAUUGGGCUCUCGUUGGUGGAGAUUGAGAAGAUCGAGAACGCCACCAUCAGCUUUUUUGGUACAGACAUGGUGGACGGAACUCCAGUGCUCGACAUCAAGCCCUACAUUCCAUAUUAUGAUGCGCCAUCCUUGAGCGUAGACUCAGGACGCACCUCUGCGGGACCGCAUGAGAACAGCCUGGACUUUUACGACUCACGCCAGGAGCCUGACGGAGAGGAAUCGGACCUGGAGCUGUACGGAGCAGCUGGUUACUCCGGAAAUUCGGGCAUCGGAGCAGAUGCCAUGCUGCCUCCACCAAGCGCCGUGCGAGUACCCAACUGGGUGGUGGCCAGCAAUCGGCUAAGCGUGUGCUUCAACGAACAUGCCGAGGCACAGCUGAAGGAGCUGCAGGUGGAGAAGCAGUGCAUCGUGGACAUUUUGGAGGCGGAUCCACGCUCAGUUUACUUACGCACAAAAUACGGCUCGCAAAUAUUCACCUUCCAGUUGCGGGAGGUUACGGUGACUUGCAAAUUUGAUGACAAGGCCGCCACGGUUACUGUGGUUCAAGUCCGGCGGAAUGAGAACAUACAAGUCACUGCUUUGGACGGCGCCUAACUUACGGAUUAUUGCAAUUAAUAUUCGUUUAUCGACGAUUUUUGUUUAGCUUAAGUAUUUCGUGUUAAGGAGCAUUAACAUUUGGCGUUUCAAUUUUGCUCUAGGAUACAGGACAUUCUGAAAUAUAUGUACAAGGCUUGUUUCCCACGCAAAAA